UCUUCCCUUUUAAAUUUUGUUUUGUUUUUUUUUGUUUUUAACUUUCCUACUAUUUAUUUCAACGUUUUUUGGUUUAGGGCUGUACUUGCAACAAUUUCAAUGACAACUCAAAAAACUGGCAAUUUUUUCUCACAAAUAUUUUCGGAAAUUCCUGACUUAGAAAAAGAAGAAAAAUCUCGACAGGAAAGUAAUUCUAUAAAACGAGCAAUUCGUCAGUUAUUUAUUCCUGACAGCAAAACAGCCGAUCAACUUUUUGAUGCCAGCCUACAAAUUGCUGCUGGCCCUCAUCUUCAAUCAGUUAAAAAUGAAGAUGUACAUAUUUAUCGUGGAGAAGAAAAAUUGACUAUUAAAUUUCCACAGUCAUUUGAAGAAUGUAAUUUUGAUUUAUCGAUAAUGGACAAUAUUAAAAAGAAGAAUUACAAAACUCCAACACAAAUUCAAGCAGCUAUGAUUCCUUUGAUUCGUGAUACAGAUUAUGAUAUCCUCGGACAUUCACAAACCGGUACUGGGAAAACUGCUGCAUUUUUAUUGCCUAUAAUUGAUGAAAUACAUAAAGGGCAUCAAAGUGGAGAAAUAACUUUUAACUGUGAUUCUCCCUAUGUAAUUGUUCUUGCAACUACUCGUGAAUUGGUUAUGCAAUUAUUUGAGGAUGCACUUGCUUUUGCAUCUGGAACAUCAGUUUCAGUUGCUUAUGCAAUUGGCGAUAUGCCGUCUGGAUAUUCAAUAAGAACUCUCAAAAAAGGAUGUGAUGUAUUUAUUGCUACAAUGGGCAAACUUUGUGAUUAUUUGGCCUAUUCUGUUGUAACAACAUAUAAAAUGAAAUAUUUUGUGCUUGAUGAGGCCGAUAGAUUUCUUUCAAAGCAAUGUGCUUUGGAUGAUCUUCGCAGAUUGAAUGAUUUUGGUUAUUUGAAACAAAAACACCGAACAAUCAUGUUAAGUGCCACUUUUGAUGUUGAAACUCUUAAUGAUGUUAAAGAUGAAUUUAUGGCAGAAAAUCAUUGUUGGGUCCGUGCUGGUGCAGUUAAUCAAGUUGCUCAUUUUCAUAAAAGACCGACACUUUUGAAGAUUCUUUUGGAAAAGUCAACAAAUUUAAAUCAGCCAUUUGAAGAAACAAUUUAUAAAACUGAAAAAACAGUCAUUUUCAUUCAUGGGCGUCGUGAAUGUGACCGCCUGUCAAUUGUUUUAGCAUGUGAAGGAUUUAGAGUAAUUCCAGUAAAUACGCAUAGAACAUUGAAACAAAGAACUGAAGCAGUGGAAAAGUUUAAGAAAGGGGAAUACGAUAUUCUUGUUUCAAAUGACCUUCUAGCACGUGGAAUGAAUUUUCCGAACGUUUGUUUUAAAAUUUUUUAUGGUUUUUGUAGGAUUUUUAAAACAUCUUUUUUUAUUAUUCAGGUUGAUCAUGUUAUAAAUUAUGAUUUGCCUACACCAGAGAAUCUUGUUCAAUAUAUUCAUGCUGUUGGAAGAACUGGCCGAGCGGGAAAUGCUGGACUUGCUACUUCCUUUUUCGAUCCGUUUGGGCCAGAUAGUCUCUUAGCGAAAAGUCUUAUUGUAAUUUUAGAACAGUCAAUGCAAGUUGUUCCAGAAUUUCUUCGAGAUAUUGUUAGACACCAACAGAGAAUUGCUGAGCAGUGCGAGCAGUAUCAACAUUCUGAUACUUACGAAGAAAUUGGUUUGGAAUGUGAGCCAACAACUAGUAAAGAAAGUUUACAUUUAAAUUAUAAUGAUACUUGGUAGAAUUUUAAUUUAUUUAAAUCAACAUUUGAUGAUUGUCUUUUGUAUAUUUAUGACUAGCAAGAUGAUUGUUUUUCCCAGUAAGCAUGUCACAAAUUUUCAAAAAAUGUUUAUUUUUCAUUGUUUCAUUCAACAUCUUCCUAAAUUUAUCAAUUGUCCCCUCAAUAUAAUUGACCUUUAAACUGCUCACAUUACUUUUUGAUUUC